CAUGUUACUAAACUCCACGGGCGAAUCAAAUGUUGUUUGAUUUUUGUGCGGUGAACCCACAUUGAAUGCAGGGUAGAUGCAGUGAAUUGAGAGGUGUGUUUUUCUAUUUUCAUCCUCGAUAUUGGAGAUUGAGUGGCAGCCAAAAAUGAGAAGAGUGGUUAACUGUGUGAGAGCGAGCUGUCUCUUCGGCUCCAGUGGAGUCGGUGAACUGAUGUUUAUUCACAUUCUGCAAAUCCUGUCCGCUCUCCUCUUUUCAGUCGGUUUUUUCCUCACAAGACCUGAAUUGAACAAUCUUUCUCCGCCAUCAGACGCAUUAGCUCACGUUGGACUUAAACGGUUCAACAAGACAAUCAUACUGGUGGUGGAUGCCCUCAGAUACGACUUCCUCUGCCCUACCCCCUCGAUGUUCUGUCGUUCCCCCUCCCCCUCUCUACACUCGAAUAUGCACCUCGGAGAUGAAUUCCAGCGAGCUCCUGACGUGCCCCUUGUGCUGCAGCCUUAUCAUAAUAAUGUACCCUUCGUAGCUGAGGCACUUCGGGACUUCCCUGAGAACAAUCUGCUACUCAAAUUCAUCGCAGAUCCACCCACCACCACCAUGCAAAGAAUAAAAGGCAUAGUGACGGGAUCCCUGCCGACUUUCAUAGAUAUGAGCAGGAACUUCGGGUCCGACAGAGUAGAGGAGGACAACCUGGUCAGUCAGCUAAACAGUCAGAGGAGUGACUGCUGUGUGUUCAUGGGAGACGACACCUGGAUGGGUCUCCUCGGAGACCACUUCCACGUCAAAUAUCCAUACCCCUCAUUCAAUGUGAUGGACUUGGACACAGUUGACAAAGGAGUCGUCAGUCACUUGAUUCCAGAGAUCCAAAACAGAAGUAGCAGUAAGGGGUGGAGUUUGAUUGUGGCCCAUUUGCUGGGUCUGGACCACGCUGGCCAUAGAUACAACCUGAACAACACUGCUAUCGUCAACAAGCUCACAGAGUAUAACCAGAUCAUCAAAUCUGUGAGUGAGGUAAUGGAUUCUGACACUCUGCUGGUGGUGAUGGGAGACCACGGGAUGACGUCAUCGGGCGAUCAUGGGGGAGACACGCAAGCAGAGACUGAGGCUGCACUCUUCAUGCACUCCAAGCCAACCUCUGGAUUGGGUAGUGGACAUAGGAGAGGCAAUGUUAGAAGUGGAGGAAGAGGUGAGAAAGCAAAGAGCAGCACACAACGGGAUCACAUCCUCAUCAAUUGGGAGCUAGUACAGACCAAGUUGCUUGGGGCCAAUGGAGAAGCAUCGCCUCUGUCGGUGUCUCAGAUAGAUCUGGUGUCUACUCUGUCAGUUCUGAUGGGAGUUCCGAUUCCAUUCUCGAACCUGGGAUCCGUAAUACCCUACUUGUUUCUUGAUAAUGCUACCCUACAGCAGGCACUGGAUGCCAACAUAGCGCAGAUUACUAGAUUCAUGGAGUCAGAAGGAUCACAGUUCUCAAGUUUUUCAGCGGACCCUAGCGCCCUCUCGACAAUAGAGGAAAAACUGCUCUUUCUAAAGGAAGUAUCGGCAUCGUAUCGCAAAUUAUGGGCUACAUUCGACAUGCCACUUAUCAUCCUAGGCAUAGCAGCGAUGACAAAUGCAUGUUUACUUCACGUAUGUUUCAUACACUAUCGAAUGAAAACUAAAACGACUAUAGCAACAAAAUCAGAGCACAAUCUAAACGGAGUUUGCAGUCACGAUUACCAAAUUCGAUCUGCAGACUCAGAAAAAACUGAAAUUUUUUCGGCAGGGAAAGAAAAUUUUACUCGCCAAAUGUCCUUUUUCAGCCUUACAAGUUGCACAAUAACUCUGCUUGCUUCAAUCUUGACAGCGUUUCAUUACCCUCCGUAUGUGAUAGCUCUAGUGUCGCCUUUAGUUUUCUCUCUGCUAAGUCUCACAAAGCCGAACCUUUUCUACAUAUUUCACAACUCUGCCGAAAUGUUUUAUAUUUUGCUGCCAACCUUGCUGUACGGCCUCAUUUCAGGGUCGAACAGUUUCAUUUUGAACGAAACACAAUGUUUGCUUUUUCUUUCGAACGCUCUCGUUAUUUUCUUGGUUGUGUACGGGGGAAGAUCGACAACAUUUAAGCUAUCCACGUCUCUUUACUCUGUAGCCUUGAUAGCGGGAUGCAACUUUAUUAGUCGAAGUUUCAUACAGCAUCCGGAAAGCGAGGAACUGAACCCUAUCUUGGAACCCCUGUCAAGUUUAACGCAAGAUGUAGCUCAUCAGAGGUUGUUGCUGACUGCAAUAUGUCUUGUAGCUUUUGUAUUGCUGACAUUGAAAAAUCUGUUUCGAACGGAGAAUUUGAACUCGCAGUAUUUUAACCUGGUGUCUACAUGGUUUACAGCGGCGCUCCCAGUUUGCGCUCUGUGUAUCAUUUUGUUCUGGCUUCAGUCGUUGCAGUCACACAGCGUGUACGAAGCUCAAAGUGAUAGGAUCAAAGUUCUCUUCCCCAGAACAGUGUACCUCAUAGUCGUAUUAGGAUUCGCCCUGUUUCUAUGUGAGCCUAUUUUGGUUCAUGUGCAACGCAUCAGGUGUAGCAAGGUACCCCAAAUAUCUCUGGAACAAUUCGACCCGGAAACAGAUCCAGCUAAGCUGAUACCCCAAAUUGCCAAAACUCUUUUCCCUAGCUCGCCGUCUGCUUCGAAAAAUGGGUCUGCAAAGCACAACUGGAAGUUCAAAAAGGGAAAUGCGAGACAGCACAAUGGAGUUGUACAGCAAAAUGGGUCUCUCAAAACCGCCCAUGUUGAGAACUCGGAAGAAUCGAGUCGCAGCUCAUCGGUGUCCAACUUGAGCAAGAGAUCUCGCAAUAGUACGCUCACUCAAUCUAGUGCCGUGGCUAAUAACGCGCAUCAGCAUUCUCUGCCAAAACAGCCAGUGAUGGGAGCCAGGAAGUUCUUCCACGUGGUCGGUUUGAGCUCCACAGCUUUGGCCUCCUGGCAUCUGGUCUCAAAAAAGUUCAAAGGGGGAACUGGAAAAGAGGCCAGCUAG